AUGGAUAUGGCUGUACCAGUAGAUAUACCACAAGUACAUAAUAAUAUGCUAAUUACAGUAGUACAACUGGGUAAGAUAGUUCUAUUACUUAUUACUAUUAUUAUUGCACUAAUUAUACUAAAUAUACUGUGCCGUAUACUAACAGUGAUAACUAGUAUAGAUACGAGUAGAAAGGCUGGUUUAUGUGGGGAGGAAGAAGAGCAGCAUAAAGAUAAGGGUUAUGAAGAGACUUACUUAGAGAAUACAUUCAGGAAGGUAGUUGACUUCUUAACUAUUCCAUAUUAAAUUAUUUAUUACA